CCAAUUCUUGAAACCGGGGGGGGGGGGGGGGGCGAAAUCUCCGUUCCGGCGACCGACCAUGGCGGCGAAGCAGAUUCCCGGGGAAGGCUUGUCUAUGAACCUCGCCGGAAUGUCCAAGAGCCAACUCUACGACAUCAUGUCCCAGAUGAAGACUCUUAUUGAGCAGAACCAGCAGCAAGCGAGGGAUAUCCUAAUCCAAAAUCCUCUUUUGACGAAGGCCCUGUUUCAGGCACAAAUUAUGCUUGGAAUGGUGCAGCCUCCUCAAACGAUUCCAAAAAUUCCACCAGCUGCGCCUCAACAUCCCCAGCCACCAGCACAGUCAUUGCAGCAGCCAACUCCACAGGCUCAGUCACAUUCUAGCUCCAUUGGCUUUCAAGAUCAAGCAAGUACUGCCCAAUCACAAAUUUCCAUCAGAAAGCAACCCCCGAACCCGCCCAGCAUGCCAAUUUCAUCUGUAGCUACCCCUGCACUGAAUCUUCAGCCUCAGGCCACAGCUUCACAUCCUUUACAACCGCCACAGCAGCCCAAGGUCCACCAGAAUCUCCAAUCAAUCCCGAUGACUUUACCACCAUCUUCUCAAUUGCCAACCCAACUUCCUGUUCAUUCUGCUUCAAAGCUACCUCCACCCCAACAGCCACAGGCACCUGCAAUGUCAAGUCAACUUCAGCAGCCAAUGCAAACAAGUGGGAUUCCUCAAGCUUCAUUACAGCCCCCUCUGCAGCCACCAUUGCCGCCACAACAGAGAGCACCUUCAGUGUCAUCUUUUCAUCAUCAGUAUCCUCCUCAACUGGGAUCUAAUGUGGGCUAUCAGCACCCUGGUGGUCCGCAGCAUGUACAGCAGCAAAUGUACCAUUCAGCUCCCAAACCUUCUCCUAGCAUAGGAUCAUUUUCACAGGCACAGCCAACGGUUACUAUUCAACAGCCGCCUCAAUCAUUGUACCAGGCUGGCAGUUCACAUUUAGGGUCAGAGUAUAGCCACCAAGCUGCUGCUCCCAUGCAAGUGGACAGGGGAUCUUCUUGGAUUCCGGGCCUGUCAGAGCCCACUCAGCUCCCAGGCCCGCCACCAUUGGCUCCUGGUCAGACUGGCCCCGGAAGUCAGCCUCAGCCUCCGCGAACUGCACCUCUGUCUCCAGAGAUGGAGCAGGCACUGCUUCAACAACUCAUGAGCCUUACACCCGAACAGAUUAAUCUCCUUCCUGCCGAGCAGAGAAAUCAGGUUCUUCAACUGCAGCAGAUGCUACGACAGUGAGAAGAUGAGCUAUUUAUCAUGGGGGGGAAGCUUUACAUUGCAGCUGCCAGAUGAGCUACCAAUUAUCAAACCGAAAACGAAAGAAAUAGAAGAGAAGGCAGAAGAAUCCGAGUUCAUUGUCUAUGUGCAUUGAUAUUUUCAAUUGUGGUCUCUCAGUAGGGUUCCUGGAAACAGAGUUCUCUUGCUCACAAGCAUAGGUGAUUUACUUCUUUUACCGUGCGAUGUGACCAUAUUUGACAUUAUAUUGAGGCAAAAUAUAAUUUGGUUUAAGUAAGUGUCUUAAAAUUUUUGAUUCA